AUAAUCAUAUACGUCAUAUCUUUGUAGUAUGUAGGGUUUGGUUUCCUCUUCUUAAGUUUCUAUUUCCUUUUUAGAUCAUUUUAGAAUUUUAAAGAGAUACGUUUAAUAAGGAGUAACGGAGAUUAUAUAAAUUUAAAUUUUCUCACAGAUUUCUUAUAUCAUUGAAAGGACUGAGUUAUUUCAAUAUUAUCGAAAUCACAUCCAUUUAACUUAUUUGGAUAUAGCUGUUAUGGACAUGGUGAUUACAAAUCUACAACAACAACGUAUGAUCACGGAGCAAUUGCGCCGUGAAGCUGCAAUCAAACGCAUAAUGGUGAGCAAAGCCAUUGAAGAUAUUAUGAAAUACAUUACUGAACAUGAACAAGAGGAUUGUCUUUUGGUUGGUUUCUCAUCGCAGAAGUCUAAUCCCUUUCGUGAAAAAAGCUCAUGCUCCAUUUUGUAAUAUUCCAUGUUUAUAAUUGAAGUUUUCAAUUGUGUUUAAACUCUAAUUUCAUUUAAAUUAUUCAUGAAAAUAUUAAAGAUUCUAUGUUUGAUAUAACUAAGUGUUUAUAAUACCGAUUAAUAUGGCUUCCAAAUUAUAUCAUAAUUACUAUAAAUAUUCAGGAAUUCAUAUAUAGAGCUAUAAUAUAUUAAAUCAAAAAACUGUUGUAUAAAAUGAUAACUACAAUAUUUUUCUUCUGUUUUAAAGUACACAUACAAAUUAAAAAAAAAAAAAAAAUGUUA